AAAACUCACGAGUUACGGGCAGGUAUUGGGAGAGGUCCCGCAGGAAAUGGAGGCAUGAAAGAGAAAGGCAAAAAAUGUUGACGUAAAAGGGUUGAUGAGCGUGAGUGGCACGUGUAUAGCUUGUAUCUGACGUCGCGAGUCGCGCCCCUUCCAGACUGAGACGAUUUGUUUCACUGAUAAUAAGAACGAAUGAUUCCCCACUGCCAUCAUGAUGAACUUAUACUUGAACCCACAAAAUAUCAGCCCCGUCCUCCUCAAUGCUCAAGGUAUUCUGCAGAGGUAUCCUCGAGCCAUUGCCUUCACCACCGCAGUCGCUCUGUCGACCCCAUGGAUGAUAGACAACUACGCCAAGUAUAUGAGCCUCGGAGAGGGCGGCUUCCCAUACAACCCUAUCGGAUGGCUCAUGGCUCUCGCCGUCUGGCCAUUUGGUCGCGAGACCACGUCGACGAAGCAGUACCAGCAAGACCCGAAUAAAGAGACUUGGCUUGAUGAUAUUCCGAAGCGACAGGGCGAAAGACCGACGACUGGAUGGCAUCCGAUCCCACACAGGCAGCUCACGCAGGCGCCAGAUGCUGCUAUGAGAGAGAAACUUGACAAGCUGUUCGCUAAGCUCAGUGUAGACAACUCGUCAUUGGUGGAGCUGUUAACGUCGCCCCAUGAGCGCCAUGUCCAGGGAAUGCAUAUCCACUCAUCUAUUCCGGCGCCCCACAAAGCCGCCGAGCAGUCAUUGCGCGAGAUUGGCCAUAUUCAUCCACCUGACCACUCCAUGCAUUUCGUUCUGUCGCCCCAAGACUGCAAGCUUGUUAUCGAAAAAGGCUGGGGAGAGCGGCACCCACUGAGCGGAGUCAACAAGUACGUCCCAUUGCCGAAAGAGUACUUGAUGAUCUAUGGUCCUCGCAACGAUGAGGAGUUGGCCGUCAUUGAACGUAUCCUCAAAGCUAGCAUAGGCUUCAUGACAAAUAGUCACAAUGUCGUUUGAAAUCAGUGUACAAAUUUCC